UUCUUCGCCAGACUGCGGGAACCAGUAGGCCCAACUAGCAGCGAAGUGAUCUCGUCCAUUCGCGGAUCCGACGGCCGAUGUCGCUUUCGCUUCCCCCUCGAUGAAAACCAAACCUGCCUCCGGCCGAACUCAAAUCCAUCCCACUCCAUCCUUUCGUUGCGGGAGGCGCCGCAAGUUUUCGCGGGGCGCGAUCAUGGAGCUCCACGGCCUCCCGUCAGCGGGGCAUUCCGACGACCUCGCGAAGAAGCUUGCCGAGGCAGACCUCGCGAAGAAGCCGGCCGAGGCAGGGUUCAGCGAAGAGCAGUUAGAAAGAGAGUAUUUUGCCGAUCUCAUCGGAGAGAUGGAGGAGGAGCGUGAGUACGGUAUAAUCAGAAAAGAGAUGCCUAUACCAGCAAUUGUCAAAUACCAUGAUAUGUUGGAGAAAAUAUGGGGAUGGGACAAACUGCUACCAAAGGGACUUUCCGUAUCGUGGUCUGACUAUAGCACAUACCUUCAAGAGUAUCACCAUCACAAUGUGCAUGCAGUUACUAAGGACAGCAGCGUAGCUGCUCUUGCUGAGACUUGUCUCAACAAUGAGGAGCAACUUGUAUCAGAGUUGAAGAUCCAGGUGAAACCUGAAGAGGAGAGACACUUGCAGAUGAGGAAAUCAAGCAUUCUGAGUUGCCUGAUCCACAAGCGUGCAUGUUCAGUGAUCCACACAGCAGGUUCUGAUGUUUGUGGUGCCGCUUUGUUGUGUAUUGCCAAGGAGGCUGACCUGAUGUGCGAGUUGCUGAGGCGUGGUGCUCAUCCCGUUCAUGAUUACUUAAUCGACCAUAGCAGAACGAUGCGCAUGUGUGCCUUGAGCCUUAUGAACUGCACUUCGGACAAUUCUGUUUCUGCCUCUGCUGUUAUGUUGGGUAUGACAAAGGAAGCCGAAAUGUUGUGUAUGUGGAUGCGUGAAAAUAACAAGCUUGUUGAUUUCUUUGAUGAUCCUGUACCUGAUGAGAUUGGGGACAGCCCCCUAGUCCGGUACAAAACUUUGGAUUUUGUGGUUGACAUACUAGAGAAGUCUUCAGCUGCUGGUAGAAAUGGUCCUGGUGGUGAUGGGAAUGGCGUUGCUGCUGAUGGAGCAGCAAGCACCACAGGGGGUGGCGUUUCAGAUGUAUUGAAUUCUCAGUAUAUGAAACUGAUUAGUGGUGGUGAGAAGAGUAAUAAGAGGAAGAUGAAAGAAGAAGAUCUUUUGGAUAAAAUAUGGGGUUGGGAAGGGUUGGUACCACUUCACAGUGACAUUAAGUGGUAUGAAGACUGUAGCAGCCAUCUGGAGGAGUAUUACAAACGUAAUGCUUAUGACUUCAUUGCUCAUGCCUGCCAAAAUCAACAAAUCGCCAGCUCUGCUAUUUGCAAAUCUUGUCUCAAGAUCGAGGAGGAACCGAGGAACUCCUUUCCAUGUGGAAGACGAGUCCAGUGUGGUGUACCCUGGAUGAUGCCAUUGCAGUCAGCACUGUCAUAGAGAGUACCCUGAUCAAGGAGCGUGCACUUGCAAUCGGCAGCACAGGGGUUGAGUUGUCUGUUCCUUCUACCAUUGCUUUUCUGCAUUGGUUUCUAGUGUAUUACCAUGGAGGCUGACCUGAUGUGUGAGCUAUUGAAGCAAGGUGCUAAGCAUUAUGACGACAUCAUCCAGCUGAGCAGUGUGAUCCGCAUGUGCGCCUUGGGCCUUGUGGACCUCACACUCGCAGGAAAUCAAUCUAUGGUCUCUGCUGCUGCAAUGAUGGCUAUGGCAAGUGAGGCCAAAAAGAUGUGUGAUUGGAUGAAGAGAGAGAACCAGCUUGUUACCAUGUCCUUGUCUGAAUCUCAUGAGCUGAAGAGAGGCAGCUUGAUCCGAGGAAAAGCCUUGGAUGUUAUGACCAGCAUAUUGCAUGAUUCUUUCCUUCCAAAGGUGGGGAUGCAAUGUGACUAAGCAAGGAUUGGACCCGAGGAAUAGGUUUCUUUUGUCUGGAACACUUAUAGGGUCGUAGUUUGAUUUAAUACUUAUUGUAUGUCUCAGAUCUUCUUUCGGCUACUGGGUUAUGCACAUUGACAGUAGUGUUCAGUCUUAUAUAUCAUGGCGCUAGGGCGUGUUUGGCGCUUCUGCCAGAGCCGCUGUCGCAACUAAAACGGUUGCCCAACAAUUGGAUAGUUGGGGCGUGCGUUUCGAACUACAGUGUGCGGCGCAUGCCAGACCUACGGCGGUGUGCGGUGUUAUUGUUUUUUU